AUGGUCAGCAUCGACAACCAUGACGACCCUAUCACGGCCACCCGUCCAGCCAUUGCGCCUCACGUAUCGGACCCCCCCGGUGUUCAGCAUUUCGCCAGCCCCUUGCGCCAUCACAAGCGUAAACCGAGCACCCAUCACGAAGUCAAGGAAACCCUGGAUGCACAUGUGGAAUUUAUGAGUGAUGAAACGGAUGGAAGGACGCAUCACCGCAUCAACCAAUAUGUGAUUCAAGACGAAAUCGGCCGAGGCUCCUUUGGCAGUGUUCACUUGGGGACUGAUCAGUUCGGCACUGAAUACGCUAUCAAGGAAUUCUCGAAAGUCCGCUUACGCAAGCGAGCACAGUCCAAUAUACUCAAGCAAGGACCCCAUCGGCCACUGAGGCGCUCUGGGCUCGAUGCCCCUCUCACGCCAUGGUCGAGUGGCGGCAGCGCUCGUGCUGGCGAAAAGGACGACGCUUUGUAUCUCAUCCGGGAGGAGAUUGCCAUCAUGAAGAAGCUGAACCAUCCCAACCUCGUGCAGCUCAUCGAGGUACUGGACGACCCUGAGGAGGACUCGCUUUAUAUGGUUAUGGAAAUGUGCAAAAAGGGCGUGGUGAUGAAGGUCGGUCUCGAUAAAGAUGCGACGCCUUAUGAUGAGGAAGCUUGCCGGCAUAUGUUCCGUGACCUUGUCUUGGGAAUCGAAUACUUACACGCACAAGGCGUCAUUCACAGGGACAUCAAGCCAGAUAACCUUCUCCUCUCGGAAGACGACGUGCUCAAGGUGGUGGACUUUGGCGUCUCCCAAAUGUUUGAAAGGUCGAGCGAGAUGCGGACCGCCAAAUCCGCAGGCUCGCCCGCCUUCCUGCCGCCAGAGCUGUGUGGUAAGCAUUCUGAAGUAUCCGGAAAGGCAGCCGAUAUUUGGUCAAUGGGUGUUUCACUAUUCUGCCUCAAGUACGGCCGCAUACCGUUCAACAGGGAUGGCAUGCUGGCGAUGUACGAGGCGAUCAAGAGUGACGAGCCGCGGAUACCAGAAGACGAAUCACCGCUUCUGAUAGACUUGUUCCGCAGAAUCUUGGAGAAGGAUCCUGAGAAGCGCAUUGCAAUGCCAGAACUGCGGGCACAUCCUUGGGUCACCAAGGAGGGCGCUGACCCUCUUCUGUCGGCUGAGGAAAACUGCGCGCAUCAUGUCGACCCCCCAAACGAGCUCGAGCUCAACCACGCAUUCACGCGCAAGAUGAAUCACCUCAUGUGCGUGAUGAAGGUGCUCCAACGCUUCAAAGCCCUCAGUGCUAGGCGGCGAGCUAGAGUCCACGGCAUCAGCUCAAGCUCGGCAGUGAGGAUGCAGUCAGACGGGGAAAGCUUUGACGCCGCUGCAGAGAAGGAAAGGGCGGAAGAGAUUGAGGCACUGAUGGAAAAGCGGCGGCGUGUGCAAGCAACAGAAAAGGACGCGGCGGAGGAGAGGGCAGGUGCCAGCGACGCGGACAAGCCACAAGCGCACGAUGUGGGCGAUCAGGAGCCGCUCUUUCUGGGCAUUGGCACCGGGUCCCGGGAUGAUUUUGCCAUGGAUGAGGCGACACCCAACAUUGUGGCCGACUCGCCCACGGCCGUGGACUUUGACGUGUACGACCAAGCCUACCUGAACGCCGUUCAGGAGAGGCUCAAUGCCACAACGCAGGGCAAGCCAACUCUAUACUUGACACGCUUCGUCAGAAACAAGGAGAACGUCCAAAAAUUGGGGGCCUUGAUUGACGGUACGGGUUUGCCCACACCGUCCACUUCCAAACUUGCCGAUCUGGUAUCGAAAAUGGGUGUUUCGAGCUCGGGUGUCAAGUCCGAAGCGAACCCAAGCUCCAGUGCUUGA